AUGGCUAACGGUAUCCUCUCCAAACUCUUCAAGAGUUCCAAGGAUAAGAAAGAUGCCCAUCACCAGAAACAUACUCCAUUAGUACAAUCGUCAGUUUCUCCGAUAUCGUCCACUUCCGGACAUCCAAACGAUGCCCACUCAUCUUAUCCUGGCUCGUCACCAACCCUCAAGACUGAUAGUGCCUCUACCAAACUGGAAGCGCCUCAUUCGGUUAAGAUGCGUUCUUCUGGUUCGUCCACUUCGUCGAUACACCCGAUAGAUUCCAAUCCUUCUCCACAUUUGAAGUUGGCCAGGUUUCUCGAGAAGAGACAUUUGAAACACCAAGAAUUUCUGGAUUCUCUGCAGGGGAAACACAAAAAUAACAAGAGCAAGACAGACUCGCCCAAGAAAUCGUACUUUUUCCAAUCCAAGAAGGCGGAGAACCAUGCCCAUCAUAAGGAGAAACCGCUACAAAAAACUCAAAAUUUACCUUCUAAAUUCAACGAUUUCAAUGCGUUGACACAAUUGGUGGCUCCCUAUGGUAUUAUUCCCGACAGAUCUGUGGAUUUAAUGGCUUUAUUGGAACACACCAAUAUUGAAAACCAGCCAUUAGAUGCUCAAUUGGGCAGUUUGGCGCUGAAUGCGAUUGAUGUUCCCAAAUCAGGUAGCUCAUCGAAUGCUCUGAUCAUCGGUAAAGGUGCCGGUGGUUCUGUAUAUCCAUUAUAUGAUUCAACACGAAACCAUUUAUAUGCAAUUAAGAAACUAAGAUUGCAGAUGAAUAAAGAAGAUUGGUUUACUUACCAAUCAAAAUUAAAGAAUGAAUUUAAUAUUGCUAAAAAACUACACCACCAAAACUUAAUUAGGACAUAUGAUUUACUACAAGACAAUGACCUAUUCAUAAUUGUUAUGGAUUAUGCACCUUAUGAUUUUUUCACUAUGGUAAUGGCAGGUAAAUUCACCAAGUAUGAAUGCUACUGUUAUCUUAGACAAUUAUGUGAAGGAGUCUGUUACAUGCAUUCAAUUGGUUUGGCCCAUAGAGACCUAAAAUUGGAUAAUUGUGUUGUCGACCAAAAUGGUGUCUUGAAGAUUGUGGAUUUUGGUUCCUCUGUGAUUUUUGACCAGAAAUUGUACGACGGCAAGGGGAAAUCACGUGAUAUUGAGCAAGCAUCAGGUAUUCUAGGUAGUGAUCCAUACUUGGCGCCCGAAGUUGUGCAAUAUCCCUUCUAUGACCCAUCUUUAGCCGACGUGUGGUCAGUGGCUAUCAUUUAUUGUUGUAUGGUUUUGCGCCGCUUUCCCUGGAGAAUACCUAAAACUUCUGAUACAGCAUAUGACUAUUUCACUCGUCCAACUGGUGAAAUCACCGACUCAAACGGUCAAGUAAAACAAGUUGGCCCAGAGAAGUUAUUCAAAAUGUUACCACAUUCCUCAAGACCUGUAAUUGCUCAGAUGUUGAAGAUUAGGCCAAGCGAAAGGGCUUCGAUGAAACAAGUCUUGGACACUGAAUUCAUGCAGAACAUUGAAUAUUGUCAUUAUGAAGAGUAUGAUGCAGAAAGAAACACGGGUAUCAUUAUCAAGGCCCAAAAUCAUACCCAUCAUUUGAUCACUAACAAACAGUUUGAAGAUGAGAACCCCGAAGAAGCUGCGAAAGAGAAGGAGAGGGAAGAAAUGGCCAGAAAAAAAAGAGAGCAGGAAGAGGAAGAAAAGAGUAAGACUAUUAAGGUACCUGUUGCGUGA